UCUAUAGCACAAACUCUGCUCCAAACAGCUAACCAACUAACCGACAGAGGCUAGCAUUCCUCUUCACAUUAUUUGAUCGACAACAAGGUGUCCCUCUAUUUAUUGGUGUUGAUAUAGCCUUAUUGUUUUCAGUAUGGUUUUAGAAUGAACUGUUUUCAUUUUAAUGGCCGGUUCGGGGAAAAUUGGGGCCGUUGUAAGAAGGUGAAAUAUACCGGCUGUGUUAGCAAACUGACAGGCUAACUGUAGCUGUUAGCUUAGGAAGUGUUGCAAGCCAACCGCCCAACUAAGCGACCAUUACUGGAAAAGCGGCUUCAAACCACCGCUUAUUGAGCCACCCUCAACAAUCAGCUGGCAUUAUAGCAGUGAAAGUGUGAGCAGUGGCCUAUGAGGAAGCCACGUCGAACGGGCCAGGUGGCCGGAGGAGGUGGAGCCGAUGCCAGAAAGUCCAAUGGGAGAGUUGGCGGGCGAGGUGGUGCCCGCCAACGAUCUCCAUCCCCUUACAGCCUCAAAGUAUCUCCGAGUAGAGAAACCCUCUCCUAUUCUCAGGCUCAGAAGGUGGUGGAAGUGGAACUGGAAGGAAGGCUUCACCGCAUUUCUGUCCUGGAACCCUUGGAAGUCAUUACAGACGAUGAGACGGUGGCUCAGGAUAUCAGCGAGUGCAACAGCAACAAAGAGAACAGUGAGCAGUCAGUAUCACCCACCAGCAGUGCACAGACACCCAGUAAACUCUUCACGCCCAGAGGCCGCAGAAAAGACUCCAGAUUCACCUCUGUCAGGUCAACCCAGCCUUCUAAGAACCAAUGCCACAAUUCCCAACCUCAAACACCUGAAAAGUCCAGCGCAUCAAACUAUACCCACUUGACUCUCCCUGAACCUAGGUUUCGUGUUGUGGAAACUUUCACGCCGGCUGAUGCGCCUCCUCUGCCAGCAGCUUAUUAUCGUUACAUCGAGUGCUCACCUGAGGAUCAGGAACCUAAGGCAGAAUACGACAUGGAUGAGGAGGACACUGCCUGGCUGGAAAUGGUAAAUGCUGGCCGACUUUCUGAGGGUCUCUUGGCUGUUUCGCCAGACAAAUUUGAGCUGCUGGUGGACCACUUGGAGGAGGAGGCAUAUCGAGAAGCCCGCAUUCGAGCUCCCGCACAAACCACUAUUGACGAUGAUGCCUUCUGCUGUGUGUGCUUGGAUGAUGAAUGUCUCAAUAGCAACGUUAUCUUGUUCUGUGACUCUUGCAACUUGGCUGUGCACCAGGAGUGUUAUGGCGUGCCCUACGUCCCUGAAGGACAAUGGCUUUGUCGCUGCUGCCUUCAGUCCCCUCAGAAACCUGUUGACUGUGUCCUGUGUCCCAACCGAGGAGGUGCUUUCAAACAAACCAGUGAUGGCCGCUGGUCUCAUGUGGUCUGUGCUAUAUGGAUUCCUGAAGUUUGUUUUUCCAACACAGUGUUUCUAGAACCAGUGGAAGGGGUUAGUAACAUUCCUCCAGCUCGCUGGAAAUUAACCUGCUACCUCUGCAAGCAGAAAGGCCGUGGUGCUUGUAUUCAGUGCCACAAGGCCAACUGUUACACAGCAUUUCAUGUCACAUGUGCUCAGCGGGCUGGUCUGUUCAUGAAGAUUGAUCCUGUUAGGGAAACGGGCAUCAAUGGCACAACAUUUUCAGUUAGGAAGACAGCAUUUUGUGAGACACACUCCCCUCCAGGACAGGAGACGGACUCCGGUGAGGAGAGUGAAGGACGAAUCGUAGGCAGCAGAAGGAGGGCAAGUAGAGGAUGCAGCGCCUACACAGAUGGUCCAACUUUGCUCAAGAAAGGCAGAAUGUCUAAAGAUGACCCAGCAGAUAAAAAGAAAGGGAAGAAGAAUACAGAGUCUACAUCCCAACACACAGGUUCUCCACAGAUCACGUUGCCUCAAAUACCCCCAAGCAGGUUGAAUAUAAUCUCCAAAGGAAUCCUCAUGCAAAGGAAAAACCAAUUUAUGCACAGGCUGCAUAGCUAUUGGUUACUAAAACGACAGUCAAGAAACGGUGUGGCACUGGUUCGGCGGUUGCACUCUAACAUCCAACCCCAAAGGAAUGCAGAACAGCCUGAAGUGGACGAGAAGAUUUCUGCAGCAAGAGAAGCACUGAGAUACUGGCAGAAACUUCGGCACGAUCUUGAAAAAGCCAGAUUGCUGGUGGAGCUCAUACGCAAGAGAGAGAAGCUCAAACGAGAACAGGUCAAAGUUCACCAGUCAGUUUUAGAGAUGCAGCUAACUCCAAUGUUGAUGCUGCUUCGCUCCACUCUGGAUCAACUUCAGGAAAAGGACACAGCCCAGAUUUUUGCCCAGCCAGUCAACUUACAGGAGGUUCCAGACUACCUGGAGUUUAUCAGCCAUCCAAUGGACUUCUCCACUAUGCGCUCCAAGCUUGAAAAUCACUCUUACCGCUCAGUGGCUGACCUAGAGGCUGACUUCAAUCUAAUGGUGUCAAACUGCCUCCUCUACAACACCAAAGACACAGUCUUCUACAAAGCAGCGCUGCGUCUUCGUGACUUAGGGGGCGCUAUAUUGCGGCAUGCCCAAAGACAAGCUGCAAAUGCCGGCCUUGAUGUGGACAUUGGGAUGCACCUCCCUGAGUCACCCCAGAAAAGAGACUUCUAUAGCUGUACCUGGGAGGACAUUGACAGUGUUCUGGAUCCAGAUAACCGUCUCCACAUGUCAGUGGAAGAGCAGCUGAAGGAGCUUCUAGAGAAACUUGAUUUUGUCACAUCCAUGCGGUGCAGCGGCGCCCGAACUAAACGCAUCCGCCUGCUGCGUCGCGAGAUCAACAAGCUCCGGUACAGACAGGGUCAACCCACGGGCCACGGGAUUCGCAAUGGGCAUUUUAAAGAAGAAGGCGAAGAUGACGACGACGAUGAAGAAGACGAUAAUGACGCCAAGGCAGGAAGUAGCUUUUCGUCCUCAGACAAAGAUGACCUCAAAUCCACUUCUCCCCCAAGACUGGAACCUAGAGGACCAUCUCCUCCUCCCCGUCAUGGAGACGCUCCUCUGGAGCCUCCUACACUGCGGCCAAUGACGGGGGAGGCCCAAUCCCUCACAUGGGCCUGCAAGCGGCUCAAAAUGGACAUCGACCUCUCGAACAGCACCUCGGAGAACAUUAAUUGCACUAAAGCACAAGAACGUUGUGCGGCCCCACCUCCCACUUUGCACAGUGAAGGGCAGGUUGUGGCCAACGGCCUGCCUGUGCUCGGUACCUCUUCACGGCCCGCCGCUGGGGGAGUCGGACGACGAACCUCCGUGUUGUUCAAGAAAGCAAAGAACGGAGCUAAGCUUUGUAGGGAAAGCGACAGCCCCGUGUUAAAUGGGAAAGGGCUGCAGGACAAGAAUACAAGUAACGACCCUACAGCCCCUAAUUCAACAGCUAGCUCCCCAUCUUCCACACCAGUGUCCAAAACCCCCCGGAAAAGCCCGGGUCCUCCCACUCUCCAUGAAGUAUGGACGCCCAGUCGAGAAGGAUCAUCAGACAUAGAAUUGGAGAAGACAGUGAAUGAUACACAGGAAAGUGCUCUGACCAACGGCUUUGACAGGCACAAAGACAGCAGCUCUGACCCUGAGCCGAGUUCCUGUCCUGUCCUUCACAAAGAAAUCACCUCGCCACCCAAACGAAGCCUUGGAAAGCCAUCUCUUUCCAAAGUUCCUCUUCUUGACGUAGUGAACGGAGAUUCGGAUUACACUGGCAGUGGAAGUCGGUUGUCAGAGAACGACACAGAGUUGGAGCCUUUAGAACUAGUUUGGGCAAAGUGCAGAGGAUAUCCCUCUUACCCAGCUCUGAUAAUUGACCCAGAGAUGCCAGAGGAGGGCCUGCUGCUUAACGGGAUUCCUAUCCCUGUCCCACCCAAAGAUGUCCUCCGUCUGGGUGAGCAGAGACAGGAGGAGACCAACGAGAGGCUCUACCUGGUGCUUUUCUUUGACAAUAAGCGGACGUGGCAGUGGCUCCCUCGUGACAAAGUAACACCUCUAGGUGUAGAUGACACAGCUGACAAGUUGCGCAUAAUGGAGGGCCGCAAGUCCAGCAUCCGCAAGUCCGUACAGGUGGCGUACGACCGCGCCAUGAUCCACCAGAGCCGAGUCAGCCACAGCCACUGCUUUGUGACCUCCAACUACCUGUAGACAGCAGCAGUGAUCUGCUCACUUCUGCUCCUGCCCUGAAGGCACGACGAGUGCAUGGCUGCCUGUGGUCUGAAGGGGGUGCUGUGAUAGCACUAGAGUCCCAGACUGUCCUGGAUAGCUGAACCUCUGGCGUCCGACACAGAACCGUGCUGUUUAGACUGCUUUGCGUCAUUAGAGAGAGGAUGUGUAAAUGAAGAGACCUUAAGCCCACAUUGCUGCAGUAAUUCCCCAUUCAGGGAAAUAUAUUGAGAUAUCUGCUUGCUCCACCUGGAUGUCAUGAAUCUGUGUGUCUGAUCAAAUAUAAAAGAGCCUGAGCUUCUAUGAAUUCUGUUGCCAAGGGAUCAAAUGGUCAGAAAAGAGAUCUGGCAUUUAUUGAACUGCAUCACUGCCUUCUUUUAUAUAACAGCUUUUCUACAUUUUAAACUUUUUACAAAAGAUUCUUGUAUAUUUUACUGGCAGAGUUUUUGUACAUGUGUCUGUGUGUUAUUGAAAUUCUAAUUUAAUGUUUUAAAUGCGUACUUCAAUCAGCCUUUAAAGGGCAAAGCAAGGCUCUGUGAAGUUGAAAUAAUUCCUGCAGUGUAUGGAGCUCGUCUUUAAUGUAAAUUUAUUGUAGUUUGUGUGUUUGCAUUGGCAUUCAACACAAUGAGCCGAUGCUCUUUGUGAUUGAAAUCUCUUUUUGAUACAGAGAAAUAAUUUAUUUAUGGAAGACAAACUAUAGAAAUAAAGUUAUAUUGAUUAAAUUGAGCGUUCUUAUUUAAGAAAAAAUAUAGUGAGGUUUUUAAAGGUUGGUAUUUUAACAGGUGACCUCAUCUUUAUGCUGAUUUAUGCUGAACACCAAGCACCAGCUUCUGCUGUUGACCCACUCAAUGAUUCUAUUUAUUUCCCAGAGCCCAAUUUUAUCCAAUGAAAAGUACGCCCUGAUAAGCUUAUGGUUACUGUUAUAUUUUAUCAGCUCACCAAAUUUCAUUAACCAGUUGUUUCCACAUUUUGGAAAAUAUUCUAUUAAAAAAACGUGAUAUACUGUU